AUGUUCGCUCUAUCACUUGUUAUUAUCACCUCAUUAACACCCCCAUUCGCGGCAACCGCUAACGACGGCGACCGGAAAUGGUUCAACAGCGGCGACGGCACAAUCCGGGCCCAAAUCAGUGCUAUCUUCGAUCGCAUCAAAAACGUUGAUAUAAUAAUUAGUAACGCCACACCGGAUCAAAUGGAGCAAAUUGAUUAUCUGGUAGGCUGUGGGAUGGGACCGCUGAUGAACAAGACUGUCCGCAUCUACGAGGAAGUUGGUUUCGACGAAGGAAAUUGUGUGGUUCCGCCGAAAAUUACGCCAUCGGUGGCAUUCGAUCCGGAUGUAGAUAUAGAUGAAUAUGACUUGCUAACUGAGCAAAUUUUCAUCACGUGGGACCGUUCAUACGAGACGUUCGUCAAAAUGUGGGUUCAGAAUCAGUACGAUGGGUAUGUAGUGUUCGGCAACUCAAGCUUGUUCGAUACUCUUCUGCGUUGUUUGGUGGGUCCAAAAGGAACCUAUUUGAUAGUGUUCGCAGACGAAGAAAAUUUUGUUAGGGAAGAAGUCGCUCAUAGCUUAGAGAAGAUUUGGCAACGUGAUGGUGCUUUUCAAGUAUUUGUUCUAGUGGGCGACUUAAUUUUCACGUUCAAUCCAUUCCUGGGCAACAAUGAUCAUUCCUUGUACGGUCGUUUGAUAAAAUUAACAUCGACACAGGAAAUUCCGUCCGUGCCGCAGAAUAAUUUCAAUGGGUUUCCGCUGAGGAUAGAAAUGUUUCAUUCGACUUACAGCGAAGCCGUCACAACGAGCAACGGUUCCGUUGUUGACUUCACCGGAGUGGAUGCCAUGGUCAGACAGGUUUUCGUCGAAACCCUUAAUUUCACACCAAUACGUAUUCCCCCGGAUAGGGAUCUUUUCGGUGACCGUCUACCGAACGGUAGCUUCAAUGGUGCCCUUGGUCGGUUAUCACGGCAUAAAAGUGACAUAGCCUUCGUUGGGUUUUUCAUCAAGGAUUACUUCAGCACCGGGACGGAAUUCACCACCGGGAUGUACUCCGACGAGUUGUGCUGUUUGGUGAAGAAAGCUAGUCGAGUGCCGGAGUAUUUGCUUCCGGUCACCAUAUUUCCGCCGGACGUUUGGUUGCUGCUAUUUUUCAUGGGAAUAGUUUUCACCGUAGCGUGGAUUGUCAUCCGUACCGGCAUUCGAAUGAAGGUGAACUACCGAACAGUGUGGUACCAGAAGCGUCGAUUGGCACAUUUGUUCAAUCUGACGAACCGCAUCCGUGAUGGAUCACUUUUCCGUGAAUGGACCCAAAUUUUGAUCGAUACAUACAUCUUGCUUCUGAGCGCUCCCUUUCAACGAUUCACCCGAUCUGGGAUUGAGCGUUUGCUACUGUUUAGCCUGAUGAUGGUCAGCUUGAUCUUCACCACGAUGUUCCAAUCAGAACUGGCUUCGGUUUUUGUACAUCCAGUGUACUACAGGGACAUCGACAGUCUGCAACAGUUGGAUCAAUCCGGGUUCAAAAUACCGGUAAAGUACAAGGGCUAUUUGGAUGAUGUUUUUCCCGCGAACUACAGCCCUACAAUGGAGUCCCUGCGGGGAAAGAUAACCUACCAGCCAACCAGUGAAGCGAUGCUGACGGUCGUGGCCCGACUGGGCACCAUAGCGACCGUUACCCGCAGAACGACUCUCGCCCUCGACAAUGCCAUCUAUUUGUCCACGAAGCAGCUGCACAUGAUUCCCGAGUGUCCUCGGUCGUACAAUCUGGCGUACGUGGUGUCGCGACACUCGAUUCUGCUAGAACAGAUCAACAUAGUACUGUUGCGGAUGCUGAACGGAGGACUGGUGAGUCACUGGAUCUCCGAGAUGAACUACAACGUUACGAUACGGGACUGGGAGAGGGUGAGGGAACUGGGCGAGCCGAACUUCAAGACGCUGACGAUCGUCGAUAUGCAGUUUCCGUUCUAUCUACUGGCUAUUGGACUUGCUCUCAGCACGGGAGUGUUUGUGGUUGAACAAUUGUGGCCACUUUUUGCGAGCAGCGUCGAACAAUGCUACCUCCCACGUCAUGCAGACUGA